UCCCCGCUGUCGCAGGUCUCGCUGCAGUACCUCAACACCGGGACGUGGCAGCACUUGUGCGGUGGGACCCUCAUUGACCCCAGCUGGGUGCUGACGGCCGCCCACUGCAUCAGGUGGGUGCUGGGGAGGGUCAUAGGGCUGCAGGACCUGACGGAGGAGGACGCGCCUGGGACGGUGGCCGUGGGUGUGGAGAAAACCAUUGUGCACAAGAAGUGGAACUCCCUCCUCGUCAUCAAUGACAUCGCUCUGCUCAAGCUGGAGCAGGCGGUGGAGGAGAGCGAGACCAUCCAGACCGCCUGCCUGCCGCCCGCCGACCUCGUCCUGCCCAACAACUACCCCUGCUACGUCACCGGCUGGGGACGCCUCUCCACCAACGGGCCGCUGCCCGAUAUCCUGCAGCAGGCGCUGCUGCCCGUGGUGGACCGGGAGACCUGCUCCCAGUUCGGCUGGUGGGGCAGCAAGAUCAAGACCACCAUGGUCUGC